AUGAGCUUAAUUGCCUCCCUCCGCUCUUCCACUGAGUGGAACUCAUUUGGGCGCCUCCGUGUUGCGCGGGCGACCGGCGGGCGGCCGGCGGUCGGGCGGCGCUGGGCGGCGCUGGGCGGCGAGAGGGACACCCCCGAGGCGGCUAUGGACGACCCCGAGCGCAUCGCGCGCGACAAGGCUGCCUGCGACGACGCGAACAACAGGACGGCCCCGCCAUCCGGCGUUUACUGUGAGGGCACAUUCGACUCGUGGCUGUGCUGGCCACACACUCCCGUCAACACCACCACCUACGCGCAAUGCCCAGACUUCGUACCUGGCUUUAGCCCUGAACUAUUUGCUCAUAAAGAAUGCACCGUUAAUGGGACCUGGUGGGAACAUCCUCUUUCUGGCAAGCCAUGGUCGAACUAUACCACAUGCGUAAAACCUGAAGAUGAUGUCAGCGACAUCAUUGUGGUAUACGAGGCUGGGUACAGCGUGUCACUGGUGGCUUUGCUUCUGUCACUAGGAAUCCUUUCUUAUUUUAAGAGCUUACGAUGUGCGCGCAUCACUGUUCACAUGAACCUGUUCGCCUCAUUCGCCCUAAAUAAUGCUCUGUGGCUCGCGUGGUACGGCCUGGUGGUCCGCUCGCCGGACACUUUGAAGGAGUCACCAGUGUGGUGUCAGAUGCUGAACGCAACUCUACAGUACGCUCUGCUGACGAACUACACGUGGAUGCUGUGCGAGGGCCUGUACCUGCACACGGUGCUCGUGAGCGCGUUCGUGUCGGAGCGGCGGCUGGUGCGCGCGCUGCUGGCGGCGGGCUGGCUGCUGCCCGUGCCCUCAGCCGUAGUCAACGCGGCGCGGCGUGGAGUGAACCACGAGCCCCUAUGCUGGGCCGACGAGGGCGCUCCGCGGCCCGAGCUCGCCAUCCUCGUCUGCAUCGCCGUACUCCUCAAUCUCGUCUUCUUGUGCAACAUAGUUCGAGUUCUCUGCACCAAAUUAAGAGCAGGUGGUGGCGCAGGCGUCGCGAGACCCUCAGCUACAGUACUGCAUGCUCUUAGAGCGACGUGUCUGCUUGCGCCCCUCCUGGGCCUACAAUACUUGCUGACGCCGUUUCGUCCGCCGAGAACUGCGAGUUGGUGGCUAUUUUACGAAUACGUAUCUUCACUUACGACGUCGUUACAAGGACUAUGUGUUGCGAUACUUUACUGUUUCUGUAAUGGCGAAGUUCUAGCACAACUCAGGCGUCGAUGGAGAGUGCUAACAUUUCGUCCACGAGCGAAUUCUACUACAAACACUACAGUAUCGUUUGUGCGAUCGGGAGCGCCAGGCGCGGGCGAAGAGAAAGUU